AUGUCUUCUGCAACUGAAACAAAUCCACGUGGAAUUUUGAUAAGUCACGAAAAAAAUCACAACACUGAUCAUCAUAAUGUCACAUUUACUGAUAAAGACCAACUUAUUUUCGUUGAACCUUUAGAAGAAACAACUCCUGAUGAAAGAGAAAAAAUUCUUAACGAAGUAAUCCCAUCACAAUGGAAAGAUGAAAUUGAGCUAUUGAAGUGUAAAUUAAAAGAAGGGAAUCAUGUAAGUGACACUAAAAGUUGUGACAACGAUGACAAAAAAGAAACAACCAAUAAUACAAUGUCUACAGGAGAUUUAUAA